GAGACCUCCCAGGACAAAUAAUGUCGAUGAGCCCCAAGCAUACGACCCCCUUUUCCGUGUCCGACAUCCUGAGUCCGCUGGAGGAGAGCUACAAGAAAGCGGCCGCCGCUUUGGAGGUCGGCGGAGGGGCGGCGGCCAACAACCUGGGGGGCUACCGACAGCUGCAGGGGUCCCAGGCGCCCAUGCAGCAGCAGCAGCAACAGCAGCAGCAGCAUCCCCACCACCACCACCACCAUCACCACCACCACAUGGGUCCCAAUGCCGGCAGUGGGGGAGCGGGUGGAGGGAGCGCCGGUGCCGCUUACCACAUGAGCGGAGUGCCGCAGCUGUCCCACGCCGCCGCCGCUGCCGCGGUGGGCGGAUACUGCAAUGGCAACGUGCCCGGCGAGCUGGCGCCCUACCAGGAUGGCGUCAGGGCCGCUGCCGCUGCCGCUGCCGCCGGAUGGUACGGGGCCAACACCGCCGCUGACCCGCGCUUUUCCACCAUCUCCCGCUUUAUGGGUUCAUCACCGGGCAUGAACAUGGGCGCCAUGGGAGGUCUGGGUUCCCUGGCGGAGGCCCACGCCAAGGGCAUGCACGGCUCCUUGAGUUCGGCGCCACGCCGCAAGCGGCGGGUUCUCUUCUCGCAGGCGCAAGUGUACGAACUGGAGCGCCGCUUCAAGCAGCAAAAGUACCUGUCGGCCCCCGAACGCGAGCACCUGGCCAGCAUGAUCCACUUGACGCCCACUCAGGUGAAGAUCUGGUUCCAGAACCACCGUUACAAGAUGAAGAGGCAAGCGAAGGAUAAAGUGUCCCAGCAGCAGAUACACCAAGAGGGGGGGACCGCCUCAUCCUGCCAGCAACAGCAGCAGCAGUCCCAGCAGUCUCCGCGCAGAGUGGCGGUUCCGGUUCUGGUGAAAGACGGGAAGCCAUGUCAAGGUAGUGGCCCGGCGGCAUCGGCCCAGCAACAGCACCUACACCACCACCACCAUCACCACCACAACAACCACACGCAGCCGCACCAGCACUCUCAGCAAGCCGCCAACGUGAUGCUGAUGUCAAGUCAGCAGCAGGUGGGAAGUGCCGGCCACUCUCCGGACCUGGCUGCGGCCUCGGGCGGACCUCCGCUCUCCGCCAGCCCGUCGGCGCUCCACGGCCAAGUGGGCCAAGUGGGCGGCCUGUCUCACCUCAACUCCCCCGCGGCCGAGUACGGAACCGCGCUGCAGUGCUCAGCGCUCCUCUACGGCAGGACGUGGUGACCGAAAAAUGGACCCGAAACCACAAAGUUUUUACAUCCCCCAAACAUCCAAAAUAAGACAUUUUGGGACGGAUUUGUCUGGGGGGAAAUCUUUCAAGUGGACGCUUUCUUUUAUACAGCAACUUGUGGGAUCUAUUUAUGUAAAUUAUAUUAACCAUUUACAUCAACUGUCUUUCCUCGUGUAAAAAGUUUUCAACUCUAUUGCUGUACAUUUUUUUCCCUGUCGGCUCUCGUUUCGUUUGGUAUUUGUAUACCUUUAUAUGUAACUUAUAAUAGAUAUUUGACUUACUACGAAAACACUCCUAUUAAUAAAUUAUGAAAAGGCGACCCCCCCCCCCCCCCCGACCUUCCUCCCCGUCAUUUUUGGAAUACACUGGCUAACCCUUGCAAAAUUUACGUGUGUUAUUCCGUCUAGUGUGUGUGUGUGUGUGUGUGUGUGCAAGAUACAUAUAUGUGUAAAUAUAUGAAUAUAUCAUGUAUAUACAUAUAUGUGUGACUGAAAAUUCAGAAAAUUACAAUACAAAAAA